AAAAGUGCUUUGAGUAGAAAAAGAGAAAAAAGCGAAAAAUAAUCACUGUAUCUUUCACAUCACACCACGGUUGGAAGGCAGAGAACAGAAGAGUGAAGCGAGUUCGAGGGGUUUUCGCCUUGUUAUGGGCUUUGAGCGAUGUCGAGCGAAAGGGUUUCAGUUGAGCUCUGUAAGGGCAUUAAUGGCCUCGACAAGGUCGUUCUGAGAGAGGUUCGCGGCAGCUCUGCCGAGGUAUACUUGUAUGGAGGUCAAGUGACAUCUUGGAAGAAUGAUCAUGGGGAAGAGUUGCUUUUUGUCAGUAAUAAGGCCAUUUUUAAGCCUCCAAAGGCGAUAAGGGGUGGUAUUCCAAUAUGCUUUCCUCAGUUUGCAAGUCAUGGAUCUCUUGAACAACAUGGAUUUGCAAGGAACAGGUUUUGGACUAUUGACAACGAUCCACCUCCUUUUCCAACAAAUAGCUCUAACAAGGCUUUUGUUGAUCUGAUCCUUAGGCCAUCUGAAGAAGAUAUGAAGAUCUGGCCUCACAGUUAUGAGUUUCGUCUAAGGGUAACACUAGGAUCUGGAGGGGAUUUAAUGUUGACAUCCCGCAUCAGAAAUACCAAUACUGAUGGAAAAUCAUUUUCAUUCACAUUUGCUUAUCAUACCUAUUUUUCUGUGUCUGAUAUCAGUGAAGUGCGGGUAGAAGGAUUGGAGACACUUGAUUAUCUGGACAAUCUAAAGGAAAAGCAACGGUUUACUGAACAAGGUGAUGCGAUAACAUUUGAAUUUGAAGUGGACAAAAUUUAUCUAAGCACACCAACAAAGAUUGCAAUUCUGGACCAUGAAAAGAAGAGAACGUUUGUUCUGCGAAAAGAUGGACUUCCAGAUGCUGUGGUGUGGAAUCCCUGGGAUAGGAAGGCAAAGGCCAUGGCCGACUUUGGGGAUGAUGAAUACAAGCAUAUGCUAUGUGUGGAGGCUGCAGCUGUUGAGAAACCCAUCACGCUGAAACCUGGGGAAGAGUGGAGAGGAAGGCAGGAACUUUCUGCUGUUCCUUCUAGUUAUUGCAGUGGUCAAUUGGAUCCUCAGAGGGUACUUCUAGGCAGCUGAAGGAUCAAACGACUCUGGUGCAUAUCUGUACAGGAACUUUUGCUUUCUGGGGUCGCUUCCUGAUGAAUUCUGAGUUUUUAUCUUUUUUUUUUUUAAUUUUUUUGCUGUCGGUGAAAUCAUUAACCAGAACUUUCUAGCUAAUAAUGAUGCUUUCCAUGAGUACUGUUUGGUCACAUGUCAAAAGUGAAUGUUAUGCUUCUUUUGUACAUCUUUUAGGAUUGAGUACAUAAAUCUUGGGGACUGGGGAGGAUUGUGGAGGCUUUUAUCUUGGAUCGGUCAUCGAUGUUUAGGGGCCGGGAUUUCCUUACUCAAGACCUUCUAAGGCCUUUGGCCCAAACCUGGUCAAUAGUUCAAUCAGCUAUGAUAUAUGAACAGAUUGAUGGAUGUGUUAACGUCUCCGUCGAUA